CUUGACUUCACAAUAGCUUAUUCAGACGCGACUGCCUGGGCGACGAAAAAAUGGCGGCCGCCAGCACAAAAGGCGGUCUCGCACACCGUAAUAAACCAGCACCUAAAAAGGCAGAAUCGAGAUCGCUCAAGAGGAAACGGGGCCAGGAAGAUCUCAACAAGCUCCGAGAGGCCGUCAAUAAGCUGGACCCCAAGUCACCCGACAUCAAGAAGUUUACCGACCUCCCUCUCUGCGAAGCAACCGCAUCCGGGCUGCGCGCCUCCCAUUUCGAGGUUCUGACCGAUGUCCAACGAGCCGCGAUUCCGCUAGCCCUCAAGGGGAAGGACAUCCUCGGCGCUGCCAAAACAGGCAGCGGCAAGACGCUUGCUUUUCUCGUCCCCGUCCUCGAGAAACUCUACCUGGCGCAAUGGACAGAAUACGACGGCCUCGGCGCUCUUAUCAUCAGCCCCACCAGGGAGCUGGCGGUUCAAAUCUUCGAGGUGUUGCGAAAAGUUGGGAGGAACCACUACUUCUCAGCGGGUCUGGUGAUUGGAGGCAAGAGUUUAAAAGAGGAGGCUGAGCGGUUGGGGCGCAUGAAUAUUCUCGUUUGUACGCCAGGGCGGAUGCUGCAGCACUUGGACCAGACGGCAGGUUUCGAUGUGAAUAACCUCCAGAUCCUAGUGCUAGAUGAGGCGGACCGAAUCAUGGACAUGGGCUUCCAAUCCGCUGUGGAUGCGCUGGUCGAGCAUCUCCCCAAGACAAGGCAAACACUUCUCUUCUCCGCAACGCAGAGCAAACGGGUUUCGGACCUUGCACGGUUGAGCCUGAAGGACCCCGAAUACGUGUCGGUACACGAAUCCGCGCAAACUGCGACACCAGCAUCGCUGCAACAGUCUUACAUCGUUACGCCCCUUUCCGAGAAGCUCGACACCCUCUGGGGAUUCCUACGGGCCAACCUCAAGAGCAAAAUCAUCGUCUUUCUGUCGUCGGGCAAACAGGUGCGGUUCGUGUACGAAAGUUUCAAGCGGAUGCAGCCGGGUAUCCCGCUGUUGCACCUCCAUGGCCGACAGAAACAAGUGGCUCGGAUGGAAAUCACGUCGCGGUUCGCCUCAGCAAAGCAUAGCUGCCUCUUUGCUACCGACGUUGUCGCCAGAGGUGUAGACUUUCCGGCAGUCGACUGGGUUAUUCAAGUUGACUGCCCGGAGGACGCUGAUACAUACAUUCACCGCGUUGGACGGACAGCCCGGUACGAGAGCAAGGGGCGGGCAGUGCUCUUCCUUGAACCCAGUGAGGAAGAAGGAUUCCUCAAGCGGCUCGAGCACAAGAGAGUUCCAAUACAGAAGGUCAACGUCCGCGAGAAAAAAAAGAAGAGUAUCAAGAACGAGCUUCAGAGUCACUGCUUUCAGUCUCCCGACUUGAAAUACCUCGGGCAGAAGGCCUUCAUCUCUUACACCCGCUCCAUCUAUCUCCAAAAAGACAAGGAAGUCUUCAAGUUCAACGAACUUGACCUUGACGGCUUCGCCGAGUCUCUCGGGCUCCCAGGGACACCGCAAAUUAAAUUUCAAAAGGGCGAAGACAUCAAGCGCAUCAAGAACGCACCACGGGCGGCGAUAUCCAGCGGCUCUGACACCGACUCGGACGGUGACGGCCGCAAGCGCAAGGACAAAGACCAGGUCCGCACCAAGUACCAGAAGAUGGCCGAACGGCAGAACCAAGACGUCCUCUCCACGCACUACCGCAAACUCCUCGGCGAGGACGGGCCCGCAUCCGACGAUGAAGCUGACUUCCUCUCCGUCAAACGCGUCCUCGACGGCGACGCACAACUGGACGCCGCGGCAGGAGGCGACAAGCGCGCCAACGACACGACCACCACCGAACAACCAAAGGUUGUCAAGCUCGGCAAAUCCGAGCUGGUCAUCGACUCGCACCGCCGCGAGAAGCUGCUCAAAUCUAAGAAGAAGCUCGCCAAGUACAUGGAAAAGGGAAACAAGCUCGUCUUUGACGACGACGGCAACGCGCACCCGAUCUACGAGCUGCAAGACGAAGAGGACUUUGCACAAGAGGGCCCCGCCGACAAGUUGCGCCGGCAGUUUGUUGAGGCCGAGACGGAGAAGGUCAAGGAGGCCGACGUGGAGGAUAAGCAGCUCGCGAAGCAGCGGCGGAAAGAGAAGAGGGAGCGGCAGAAGGCGAGGGAGCGCGGGGAGGAGGUUGAGAGGCACGGCGGGGCGUUGCCCCAGCUUGAGGUGGACGGGGGGGCGGGAGGGGAGGACCCGCUUGCGCUGCUCCGGUCGCUGCCGAUUGCGGGAGGGGAGGCUGAUAGUGAUGGGGAGGAGGAAGAAGCCAGGGAGCCGCCGAAAAAGAAGGCCAGGAAAUGGUUCCAGGAUGACUCCGAGAAGGAGGAGGAGGAGAGGCGGGAAAAGAAGAAGAAGAAGGGGGGGAAGCGUGUUAUUGAGAUGGCUCACGAGCCAGACAAUCUCGAGGAUUUGGAGGCGCUGGCUGCUGGGUUGUUGGAAGAGUAGUUUACUGUUGAGCUUAUCGGCGGACAGUACAGAUUACGUAGAAACGAUACCUUUGC